UCACGUGAGUAAUGAACUUCUUUUCCAAUCAUUGUUGACAGGGACCGAUGUCAGUAGCUCUAUUUCUUUGGUCUGAGAAAGACAUUGAGCCCACGAUUAAAGCCAUCCAGUGUCUGAGGGCUUCCUAUCCGUUACUGAAACAACACGCCACCUUUAGUUUCUCCUACCACCGCUACAUCCAGCAAGAGGAAUCGGAUUGGAAGUUCUGGAAUGAAAGUUGCGAUACCAUUGACGAGGCCUUGAACCGGCUUUCAUCAGGCAAGGAGAACUUCUUGGGAACUCGAACCCCUUAUCCAAUCAGCCUCAUGAGGAACGUGGCACGAAAAAGUGCCCGCACCCAUUUCUUUACCAUCUGCGAUAUGGACAUCACUCCCAGUAUUGGGCUUCGGACGAGUUUCCUGCAGAUGGUAAAAAAGGAAGGCCUGCUAAACAAAGAGGACGUGUUGUACAUCAUGCCAGUCUUCGAACUGCAGAAGGAAGCACCCAUACCGACGAAUAAAUUGGAACUGAGGACUUUAUUCCAGAACGGGAGUGCCCGGCAGUUUUAUGCCACCUGGAGCCCUUUAACGCAGGGGAAAACAGAUUACAGCAGAUGGUUCGCCUUACCACCGAGCGAUGGUGUGAGGAUUGCUUACGAGGUGGAAUGGGGAUUCCUCUAUGAGCCCUACUUCAUUCUCACCUCCUCCGCUCCCGAUUACUAUGAAGGAAUCAAGGAGAUAACCUAUGACCGCGGGUCCUAUGCAUGUGAGUUGAGCGCAAGGGGGUGGAGAUUCUUCGUAUUGGACAAUGCGUUUGCGCUUCACGAUGGAUUCAAGGCAUCCGACACAUUCGAGUACGUAAGAAGCAAAUUUUUGCGGAAGGAACUGUCGAAGAACGCAAUCAACCACCGCAUCUACCGAGCGGAGCUCCUCGCAAAAUAUGGGAGCAAAGCCAAGAAAUGCUCCUCCCUCUACUACCGAACCAUGGAAGUCUUCCUCGUGCUCGGGGGGAAUAUAUGAGGAAUCCUUCUAUCACGACGAAAAGAGAGCAAAGCAACCAGCAUGUCUUCACAUGUGAUCCUGAUGUGUUUCCCCCAUGCUAAGUUUACAACUAAAGAACCUUCUCAUUUAAGAAAAUAUUCUAACACCAACAUCCUAAUUUAGCAUGAA